GGUCGCUCCAAGUCGCGCCGCCGGGACGACUAUUCAGAUGGCGACGACGACGACGACAGAAGGGACAAGCACUCCAAGAUCAAGACAGGGCUCGGGCUCGCCGCCGCCGCCCUCGCUGUGGCUGGCGCCGCCAAGUACUACCAGACGCAGAAGAUCGAAAAGGAAGAGCUGCGCCGCGGGCGCAGCCGUAACCGGCGCGGCGGGUACUCAGACAGUGAGGAAGGGUACUACAGCAGAAGCAACAGCCGCGGGCCUGGCCCGAGAUCACCGUCUCGUGGUGGCGGCGUCGGCGGGAUGGCCAAGGCUGCAGCGGGCACGGCGGCCGUCGCAGGUCUGGUGCACCACCUCCGCAGCAAAUCUCGCCAGCGCAGCAAGGGCGGGUCCAAGUCACGGUCGCGGUCGCGCCUCCGCACGGGCGCUGAGAUUGUAGCUGCCGGGCUGGCAGGUGCGGCAGGCAAGAAGCUGUACGACAGGCACAAGGAGAAGAAGGAUAUAGAGCGGGAGCGGGAGCUCUCGGACGAGGAAUACGAGCGAGGCGUACGGGAGCGGUCUCGUUCCAGGCAUGGCGACCAUAGUCGUGGAGGAUCACGAUCGCGGUCCCGGUCCCGGUCCGUUUCGCGCAGCAGCAGGUUUGGUUGAGUACGGUGGCCACCCCCUCUACUCCGAGCCGCCGUACCCCAUCGAGGAGCAGCACGGCGGGUACGGCCCGGCCCCUGUAGAUGCUGCCGAGGAGAGGAGACGCAGGAGGGCCGAGCGCAAGGCCAGGCAGGAGAGGGAGAGGCAUCAUAGGCCGAGGAGCAGGGGCGGCGGUGCCUCUUCGGUGGACGAUUACGAUGACGACGAUGACUACGACGACGACGACAGCGGGAGGAGGAGAAGGAAGAGGACCGAAGGCGGCGAGAAGGCGACGACCAAGAGGAGCAGCAGCCGGCUCAGGGAUAUGGCGACUGGUGCCGUGGCCGCCGGGGCUGCGGCGAUCGGCAUGAAGAAGUUCGAGGAGAGAAAGAGGGACAAAGAGAAGCAGAAGGAGGCUGAGGAGAGGGAGAGGGAAGGCAGCAGGGACAGACCAGUCUCGGAGGAGGCAAGAGAGCAGAGGAGGGCGGAGAGGGAGAGAGCACGGAGGGAGAGGGACAAGGCUCGCAACC